AAGUCGCUUUCUUCACCGUCCAAUUGCCCCCUACAUCAAAAUGUAAAUUUGCCGUGUCCAUGCAAGGCUAUUGCAAAUUAUCGUUUUCCGUGCCCAAGAAAAUUCAAACGAACGAAGAAAUUUCGAUCAAAAAUAAUGGAAUUUGUUCUUCGAUCAACUUUGAGAUACAAAAUAAAGAAGAAGAAACCAAGAAAGCCUACUGCACUACAGCUGUUGCCGCCUUCGUCGUCUACUCGUCUUCUUCCUUAUUUACUCGCCACUUUUGUACUCUCGUCCUCGACCACCUGUAGAAUCUUAGGCAGGCGAAACAAAAGAUUACAGCAGAUCGAGACACGCCAUUGGAGCUCGAUCUAUGGCCGUUUCUGAUCUCACACACCCAGGGCUGGCUGUUGUGAUCAUGGGAGUCAGUGGCUGCGGUAAAUCUUGGCUAAUUCUAGGCGCAUCAAAUAUAAACAUAAACCAUCAGACGAGAAAGAUGUGGAUGUUGCUGCGUCCUUCUCUUUUCAUGGCACUGCAACAAACUGGAGACAGCAAGAUCUUGCGUUUUCUGAAAUGGUUUCGGGAUGUAACUCUCAAACCAGAUUUUGGAAUAGCCCUGACAGUAGCUGCACUGCUUGCUGAAACCUUAGGUUGCAGCUUCAUCGAAGCAGACGACUACCAUUCUCAGGCAAACAAAGCAAAGAUGAGCAAGGGCAUCCCUCUCACCGACGACGACCGCAUCCCGUGGCUGGAGUCCCUCCGCGACGCCAUGAGGGAGCGGCUGGAUGGUGGCGAGGACGUCGCCGUCAGCUGCUCGGCAUUGCAGCAGAAGUACAGGGAGAUCCUCAGGGAAGGAGACAGCAGCUACAGGUCAGGUUCAGGGAGCUACUCCAGCUGCAGGGUGAAGUUUGUCUGCCUGGAGGCAUCAGCAGAGGUGAUUGCUGAGAGGAUCAGGAGGAGAUCCAUGGAAGGGGAGCAUUUCAUGCCGGCGAGCUUGCUGCAGAGCCAGCUCGACCUGCUGCGGAUCGACGAGGCGGAGGGGAUCACCGAGGUCGAUGCCACGGUGCGCCCCGACGCCAUAGUCAAAAACACCAUUGUUCAGUUCAGGGAGCAGCUAGCAUCCACUGUGUGCUGAUUGGGUCCUCACUAUUUCCAAAUUCAGUUUCACAGUGUCAGACAGAUUUAUCACUCCAUUUCCAUAACCCAUUUAUCAUGUAAAGAACAUCAGGAUUUGCAAACCAUCACAACCAAGCUUUCUUCAACA